AUGUCCAUUCACGCCGUGAACCGCGUCCAGUGCCGUCUCGCCUGGGACGGCAGCAAUCCCUCCGUCAUUUGCAUCGAUAGUCCGGGUACACGUCUCCUCAACGCUUCCAAUGGCCAGAUCACCCCGCUUCCCGUGCACUUCGCUGACGCUGUCGACGUCCUCUACGUCUAG